CGAUGGCGGAGCGCGGCCAUGGCGCUGCUGCGGGCGCUGCUCUCGCAGGCGCUGGGCCGGCUCUGGGGCUGCCCCGGCCAUAGCCCCGGCCACAGCCCCGGCCAUGCGCCCCCGAGCCGCGCCAUGGAGCACGACAGGGCCAUCGAGGUCUACGACAUAAUCCGGACCAUCCGGGACCCGGAGAAGCCAAACACUCUGGAAGAACUGGAAGUGGUGACAGAAGGUGGUGUGGAGGUGCAGGAGAUAGGAGAGGAGGAGUAUCUGGUCGUCAUCAGGUUUACACCAACAGUACCUCAUUGCUCCUUGGCCACUCUCAUCGGCCUUUGUCUAAGAAUAAAACUUCAGAGAUGUUUGCCUUUCAGACACAAGCUGGAAAUCUACAUAUCUGAGGGCACACAUUCCACCGAAGAGGACAUCAACAAGCAGAUCAACGACAAGGAGCGGGUGGCGGCGGCGAUGGAGAACCCGACGCUGCGGGAGAUCGUGGAGCAGUGCGUCACCGAGCCCGAGUAGGGCCCCUGGGGUGCUCCUGAGGACAGCUUUGCCUGCAGAAGAAAUAAUAAUAAUAAUAAUAAUCAAGGCCUUGGGUUUAAUACUUGAGUUCUUUGUACCUUCCUUCCACGUGUUUUUCUAAAAAAAAAAAAAAAGAAAUUGUUUUAUAAGAUAGAUUUAAAUUAUGAGGAAUCAGUCUCUAAAUGAAGGGUAUAGCGCUGAGGGCUUGGAAUUUCUGGUGUCCAGAGGAAUAUUUGGUGAUAAAAAGCAACAUGUCUGCAUUGCCUUCUGAGAGACAUUGUGAUAUAAAUACAGUUUUGCAAGUUAAAUUUCUACAUUGUUUCAGUUACUACACUGUAAAAAAAUAAAGCAGAUUCUUGUAAUGAAA